GGAAAAAGCCCAUAAGCUGCAAUUGAAUUGAGGUAUUGCCGAGAGAGAGAGAGAGAGAGAGAGAGAGUAGGGCAAUGAAGACGGAGAUGGUGGUGGAGGACGUGAACCAGGAGCAGAAGAAGGGGAUUGACGAGUCUCAGAUAGAGGCUGCACUGCGCUCUCGCCUCGAACACUUCAAGGAGAAUGCCAACUCCUUCACGUUGGAAAGAGUUCGUAGGUUAAUCGAGAAAGACUUGGACAUUGAGAAGUAUGCUAUAGAUAUACAUAAAAGAUUCAUUAAGCAGUUCCUAGAGGAGCAUAUGGAGAGUGCCAAUGAAGAUAAUACUACAAAAGAUUCAAAAGAAAGUAUGGAGAGUGCCAAUGAAGAUAAUAACACUACAAAAGAUUCCAAAGAAAGUGUGAAGAUAGAAACUUGUUUAACUGACUGUGAAGUGGAAAAAUCACCUGAAGAGCACAAGAUAAAGAAAGAUGUAAAAGAUUCUGGAGGUGAAGAUGAAAAGAAAUUAGAUGACUCUCCUAUAAUGGGUGUCUUGGAGUCCAAACCUCGAUUGGUGGAUGCUCAAGAUGCAAAGGCUAGUGAAAGCUCAAUAAAGAAGGCCGUUUGGGAAAGCGCUGCCUAUAUUAGGGCUAAUGCCGAGACAAUGACUCUGGCCAGUGUUCGUCGAUAUUUGGAGGAGGAAAUGGGCCUUGAAAAAGGUACUCUUGAUCCUUUCAAGAAGUUCAUAAAGGACGAAAUAGAUAAGGCAUUGACUUCUGAAGCACCAAAAUCUAAAAGCAGUAUUAAGAAGGCAUCUGAGAAGCAAACUAAACCAGCAAAGAAGAUUAUUGCUAAAGGAACUUCUGACUCUUUAGACAGUGAAAGUGAUAAGGAGGAAUCCGGACCUGGAUCAGUUAAGAAAGCUGUUCCAAAACGGAAGAAUGAGAAAUCUGAAGGCCCUAAGAAACGUAAAAGUUCUGAAAUGAAAACUGAUGUCCCUAGCAAGAAACAGAAGGUUGUGAAGAAGUCAUCUGAAAGUAAUGAUGCAGAAAGUGAUAGGAGUGAGUCUGAAGAUUGUAAAUCUCCGUCAACUGCUGCAAAACCUCUGAGGAAGAAAGCCACGCCAGCAGCUGGAUACGGAGAACAUGUAGAAAAUUUGAAAUCAACAAUCAAAGCUUGUGGAAUGAGCAUUCCUCCUUCCAUUUACAAGAAAGCUAAGCAGGUUCCAGAAGAUGAACGUGAGGAAUUCUUGAGUAAGGAGUUAGAAGACAUACUCUCAAGAGAAGGGCUGUCAAGUAAUCCUUCUGAGAAAGAAAUUAAAGAAGUAAAAAGGAGAAAAGAAAGAGCUAAAGAACUAGAAGGAAUUGACCUCAGCAACAUUGUUUCAAGUACACGAAGAAGGUCAACGACCAGCUUUGUGCCUCCUCCAAAACCCAAGUCACCUGUUAAAGAUGACAAGAGUGAUGCUGAAGAUAGUGACAAAGAGGAUUCAAGUGAUGAGAGUGAUACUGAGGAAGAUGGUGAUGGUUCUCAGAUUGAUGAGAUAAAUGAAGAUCAUGAAGAAGACAGUGACUGAAUGUUACGUAGCCAUCUCAGAAGAACUCUGACUCACAAAGACCAUGCACACCUGAUACCAAUUCUCCCUGCCUGCAUUUAUAUUAAUUGUUGUUCAAAUUGAUUUGGGAGCUGGAAUUUGUAAUAUAUAUGUCAAAGAGGGCUUUCCAUCACAGUUUUGCGACUUAGCUGCUUUUGGAAGGUGUAGUCUACUAGUUUGGAAGGUGUAGUCUACUAGUACUUGGGACUAAAAUCAUUCUAUUCUCUGCUGUAGGAGGCAGCGAAGUUGCUGCUUGUAGACUGUGAUGGGAAGUAACUUACAAACAGUUUUUGGAUAUUUGUAACUUGUCUAGGAUUGUUAUAAAUAUAUCUUUUGCAAAAAAUAACAAAUAAAAAAAAAAAGAAAAAAAAAAGAAAA